GCAGGCAAUGGCGCCACUGAGGACACAACGAGGACCCAGGUGCCGUCCCCAUGGCACCUAGGCGGCCAGGUGCAAUGCUCUGGAGCAGAGGGUGCAGUUAGAGCCGCGCGGGAGCGUACGCUUCCGGCCACGUGAUAACGUCCAGCGCCAAUGGGAGGGCUGGACGUCACCCCCGCUUCCUCACCGUGGCAACGGGCUGGUAACUAUUUCCGGUGCGGUGAGGGCUCGGGGCUGAUGCGGGGUAAUUCCUCUCCUGCAAUUACUUUUGGAUGGAAAUAUGCUUUUUUUUCCAGUAGAAGAUGGUAAACUUGGAGAAUGACCAUGGAGAAGGGGAUGAGUUCUGGAGAAGGGCUGCCUUCCAGAUCAUCUCAGGUUUCGGCUGUUAAAAUAACAGCCAAAGAGUUGGAAACAAAGCAGCCCCAUAAAGAGAAGCGAGGGGGCUUUGUGUUGGUACAUGCAGGUGCAGGUUAUCAUUCGGAAUCCAAAGCCAAGGAAUAUAAACAUGUAUGCAAACGAGCUUGUCAGAAGGCAAUUGAAAAGCUACAGUCUGGUGCUCUUGCAACGGAUGCAGUGACUGCAGCUCUGGUGGAACUUGAGGAUUCUCCUUUUACAAAUGCAGGAAUGGGAUCUAAUCUAAAUCUCCUGGGUGAAAUUGAAUGUGAUGCCAGCAUAAUGGAUGGAAAAUCCUUAAAUUUUGGAGCUGUUGGAGCACUGAGUGGAAUCAAGAACCCAGUCUCAGUUGCGAACAGACUCUUGUGUGAAGGGCAGAAGGGCAAGCUCUCUGCUGGCCGGAUUCCUCCCUGCUUUUUAGUUGGAGAAGGAGCCUACAGAUGGGCAGUAGAUCAUGGAAUACCUUCUUGCCCUCCUAACAUCAUGACCACAAGAUUCAGUUUAGCUGCAUUUAAAAGAAACAAGAGGAAACUAGAGCUGGCAGAAAGGGUGGAAACAGAUUUCAUUCAACUAAAGAAGAAAAGACAAUCAAAUGAAAAGGAGAAUGACUCAGGCACUUUGGACACAGUGGGCGCUGUGGUUGUGGACCACGAAGGGAACGUUGCUGCUGCUGUCUCCAGUGGAGGCUUGGCCUUGAAACAUCCAGGGAGAGUUGGACAGGCUGCUCUUUAUGGAUGUGGCUGCUGGGCUGAAAAUACUGGAGCUCAUAAUCCCUACUCCACAGCUGUGAGUACCUCAGGAUGUGGGGAGCAUCUUGUACGCACCAUACUGGCUAGAGAAUGUUCACACGCUUUACAGGCUGAGGAUGCUCACCAAGCUCUGCUGGAGACUAUGCAAAACAAGUUUAUCAGUUCACCUUUCCUGGCCAGUGAAGAUGGUGUGCUUGGAGGAGUGAUUGUUCUUCGAUCUUGCAGAUGUUCUGCAGAGCCCGACUCCUCCCAAAAUAAGCAGACACUUCUAGUGGAGUUCCUGUGGAGCCACACGACGGAGAGCAUGUGCGUUGGCUACAUGUCAGCCCAGGACGGGAAAGCCAAGACUCACAUUUCCAGACUCCCUCCCGGUGCGGUGGCAGGACAGUCCGUGGCCAUCGAAGGUGGGGUGUGCCGCUUGCAGAGCCCAGUGAACUGAACCUUCAGGCUGAGCAUGAAGCACCUGAGGGCAUUUCAGAGCCUGAGCUUUCCGUUUUUUUAACUGAAGUUGGAUGUCCUGUCCUAUCGUCUUCAUUAUAUAACUCCUAUUGCAGCCUCGCACA